AUGGUUGCACAGAAACAACCUUUAUUGGACGAAGAAGAUGCAUUCACACCUCUUGCAUUACAGGCACUCACUGAAAUAUUUCAAAGGUUUGACCUGGAUAAUGACGGCGUUUUUUCUCAACAAGAGAUUGAUGCAUUUGCAAUAGCAUCAAAUGGCAAAAAGUUUGAUGAUGCAACACUUGAAGAAAUCAGACAAUACUUUGACAUUGAUACAAGCAACCAAUUGACUCUUAAAGGAUUCUUGGAGAUGUUUCAGAUGCAAACACUGGGAGAGCAAGAAGAGACCUGGAGGGAUUUAGCAAAGCAUGGCUACGAUGAGCAACUUCGACGAACUGUAAUCCCUUGA